AUGAUUCAGAUUAUUUACCUUUUGUCUGUAAUUAUAUCGCAUGCAAAGUCAUACAAACCGAAAGGGUGUUUCAACAAGUUCCAACAGUGUGCACGUACAGGCAAAAGGGUUUUUGUUCAGUCACUGUCCUGGGUAAGACAGAAACCUGCAUCCAGGCAGAGUGUGGAGAUCGUGCGUGGGAAUCGGUAUUUGGAAUGUAAGAAAAUUAAAGGAGCUGGGAAAGCUAAACACCAUUGUAAUGAGAUGGAUAGAAAUAAAUUGGAGUUUCUUGGAAUGGCCGAGACAAAUUGGGCCAAUUGUGGCAGUUUUACAACUCAUGAAACAAAAACUGUUGUCUAUUCCGGAAAAGAGGAAGGGGCAGGUUAUAGCCAUGGAGUGGCAGUUGUUCUUUCAAAAGAAACCGCGAAAGCUAUGAUUGGGUAUAACCCUAUUUCAGACAGGAUUAUAAAAGUAAGACUCCAAGCUAAACCAUACAACAUCACCCUUGUAAUGUGUUAUGCACCCACCAGUACUGCAAAUGAUGAAGAAAUAGAUGAAUUCUACAGUUCACUACAACAGAGUCUAGACAAGACGGCCAGUAGAGACAUCACAAUUAUAACGGGAGAUUUUAACGCUAAGGUGGGACGACAAAGAACCAACUCGGACUGUGCUGGUAUGUUCGGACUGGGAGAACAAAAUGAGCGUGGUGAGAACCUUAUCGAUUUCUGCAGAACAAAUAAUCUAGUGAUUACGAAUACAAUGUUCAAACAUCACCCAAGACACCUGUACACCUGGACAUCACCGGACAAGCAAACACGAAAUCAAAUAGACUAUGUCCUCAUAAAUCAAAAAUGGAAAGAAAGUAAAGCAAUUCAGUCACAAAUUCAAUCAAAGGGAGUCAAGAAACUUACAAACAAGUUUAGACCUACUAUAGAUACAAUAAAAGAUGAAAACAAUAAGGUAUUGUUCGAAGGCGAAGAGGUGAAGAGUAGAUGGAAGCAAUACUGCUAUGAACUCUACAAGAAGAAUGAUAACACUUCUGUGAGAACUGCAUUGUUACACGAUACUGACGAAUUAAGUGAAGAACCACCACCACUGUAUUCAGAAGUUGAAAAAGCCAUCAAAGAAUUAAAAAUCGGAAAAAGUCCUGGUUUUGACAACAUUGCAUCAGAGCUCAUAAAAAUUGGAAAUCACAAUGUCACGAAAUUCUUCCAGAAAUUGUGCACAAAAAUUUGGGAAAAGAAAGAGUGGCCAGAAGACUAG